CCGUCCACCACCACACCAUCACCUGCUCAACCACUUCCCCAUCCUCCAACCCAACUCAACGCCCACAGCAGCAGCACCAAAGGGCAGGGUGCAUCUCAGGGCACACAGCAGCAGAGGCGAGGGGAGGGGGAGAGCAGCAGUCGGUUCGAGAGCACUCCUGUGGGAGGCAAAGCUGCCCGGCACCGGAAGCCUCAGCGGGCGUGA